CGCCAAGCACUUUGCUGCUGUGGCCGCUUCUCUUUUAUUUCUUCCCCCCAUUCACCCGUCACCCCCUUCUGUCACUGUCAUUUCCUCGGUCAAGCAACGGCUCUCGGUCACAAACUCUUCGCCGGCGCGCGUCGCCACUCCGCCGCUCUGUUCUUACUUCAUCAAAACUUUUCCUCUUCUUCUCCCAACUCCAAGCCAACGGCCAGUGUCACUUAAAAAGACGCCUCUACUCCCUUGUACGCUAACAAACUUUUGGGCGGGAUAGCCACCCCCCAGUGGUGCAACUCUUCCACGGCGUAAGUUCGCCCACGCUGUAGUUCCAUCGCCGCUUCAUUCUCAAGUCUUCAUACUGCCAGGACUGGAAAACUUACGCCGCAAUCCUUCUUUUGGAAGAGGAAGACGACCUCGGGGAACUUUUAUCUACGGGGACGAAAUCUACUCUGCACUCCAAGCUCGGAUUAUCUACUUGAUCCCGAAAAAAAAAAAAAACCCCACCGACGUUACCUCGGAAGCUCGUCCCGUCCAUUUCUCGCGAAGUCGUCGGUGCAGAAAUACUGCAAUAAGUGAUCCCGGUGUGUGUUGCCCUUUCUGGUGUGUUUUUUAUUACGUGUGAUACGUGUUUUGUGUUUGUCGUCGUAUUUAUUAGGCAUCGCGAGUGAGAGAGCCGUGAAGACCUGUCACACAAGUCUUCUGCUACUUACCUGGCCGCCUCUUCGUGUGAGGUUCGACGUAACUCAGCGGCGUGUUUCGAGCAAAAGAGGGCCUCGAGGACCGCAAGAAAAGAGGGUCCCCACAACCGUUCGACCUUGGAACGCCGCAGGUGUGCCGAGACACAAUUUUUUUUCUUCUUCUUCUUUGUACGUGAAGCGGCGCCUCCCAGCAUAAAUCGUCCCAGGUCGCCUUGUGGAAUUCAAGACCCGAAAAACUUUUCACUCGGGGAGAAGAAAAGAAGCCUUUCAACCAUUGCUCGGGGAGGGACUUUCUUUUGCAGCUCAAAGCGGCGUGACACCGCAACAACAACCCUUUUGGUUCGCUUCUUAUUUCGCCGCCUUUGAAAACUCAUAACCCACCCGAGGACAGGAUCCGAACUUAGGACCACCGCACUGAGCUUCAGCGGCGUCGGCGGCGUGGGUGUUGUGAUCUUUCGGUUUUUUGACCACGCAGUUGCGCGAGUUCGCGCGCUUUUUUUUUCUCUUGUUCCCUGGAACGGCGGGUUCCCGCGAGACCGUACCGACGACAGAUAGCGAUCGCUUGUGCAUUUUUUUGUGUGCUUUUUGUAUCGAGGGUGCGCGGGUGUGUGCGUGAGCGGUGCGACGCCUGAGAGUGAGAGCGCGAAAGUUUGAAGUGGCGAGAGGAAUUCUUCCCUUCUCCUUGCGUGUUGACAGUCGACGUUUCACCUUCUUCUGUGCAAAAGUGUGUGCGAAAGAGAGCAAGUAACCAAAAUGCGUGGAUCGGACGAGCUGCUGACGCAGACCAACGCCGUGAGCAAUGGAACCAUCAUGAGCCCACAGAACAACCACAGUGAUAACAACAAUGAUGCCAAAAAGGUAAAGCUCGACACAGGCGGCAAAGUGGUGGUCGGAGCGGGCAAGCCCUCGCGGGUGGUGCACAUCAGGAACAUCCCGAACGACGCGACGGACACGGACAUCGUGCACCUGGGCGUGCCCUUUGGCAAGGUGACCAACGUGCUCCAGCUCAAGGGCAAGAACCAGGCGUUCCUCGAGAUGGCCGACGAGGGCUCAGCCGUCGCCAUGGUCGACUACUUCGCCAAGGCCUCGCCGACCGUGCGCGGCCGGGUGGUCUACGUCCAGUUCUCUAACCAUCGCGAGCUCAAGACAGAUAACGUCCAUGGUGCUCUGGCCAACCAAGGAGGCGAAGGUGGUGGCGCUAACACGGUGCUGCGUGUCGUGGUGGACAACCAGAUCUACCCAGUGACACUGGACCUGCUGCACAGCAUCUUCAGCAGGGCAGGAAAGGUCCUCAAGAUUGUCACCUUCACCAAAAGCAAUUCAUUCCAAGCCCUCAUUCAGUUCAGCGAUGUCAUGGGUGCCCAGGCAGCAAAGCUGGCCUUGGAUGGGCAGAGCAUCUACAACGCGUGCUGCACGUUACGCAUCGAGUACUCCAAGCUGACCAACCUCAAUGUUAAGUACAACAACGACAAGAGCCGCGACUUCACAAACCCCACCCUGCCCACCGGGGAUCCCACCCUCGACAUUGGACUGGCAGGUUCGUUGGGUAUACUGGCGUCCCCGUUUGCUGCCGCCGGCCCGGGCCUGACCUCCCCACUAACCGCUGCCUAUGCCGCCAGCGCCACAGCAGGGCUGCCCCUGGGUGGCUUCGCCCUGUCGCCAUCGGCUCCGUCCGCAGCCACCGCUCUCGGCAUGGCCGGUAUCCGGCUUCCGGGACAGGCCACUACGAGCUGCGUGCUUCUGGUGUCCAACCUCAAUGAACAGAUGGUCACGCCCGACGCUCUCUUUACCCUUUUUGGUGUGUACGGCGACGUGAUCAGGGUGAAGAUCCUCUUCAACAAGAAGGAUAGUGCGCUCAUUCAGAUGGCCGAGCCACAGCAAGCACAACUAGCCAUGAGCCACUUGGACAAGAUCAAGGUGUACGGGAAGCCCAUCCGGGUGACACCCUCCAAGCACCACAUAGUGCAGCUGCCCAAGGACGGGCAGCCGGACGCCGGCCUCACCAAGGACUACAUCAACUCUCCCCUGCACCGUUUCAAAAAGCCCGGCUCCAAGAACUACCAGAACAUCUACCCGCCCUCGGCCACCCUCCACCUCUCCAACAUCCCGCCAACGGUAUCUGAAGAGCAGAUCCGGGAGGCUUUCACGCAAACCGGCGGCACAGUGGUGGCCUUCAAGUUCUUCCCGAAAGACAGAAAGAUGGCCCUUAUCCAAAUGGGCUCUGUUGAAGAAUCUGUCACGGCACUCAUCAAAAUGCACAACUACCAGCUGAGCGAUUCCAAUCACCUGCGGGUCUCCUUCUCCAAGUCGACAAUCUGAGCUCGCCGAGCCCCGUCUCCUUCCUCCUCUUUCCCCACGUCGUCGUCGCGAGACCUGGUGUGGUGAAACUGAGCUGGAAGGGUCUGGUGACCGAAGAGGCCGAGACUGCUGAGAUAAGAAGAAGCAACAGCAGCAACAAAGUGGGACCCAAAAAAAGGAAGAAAAAAAAAAAGUGUGCGACAGAAGGCACAGCGAAACAUUGCCACGGCAAGCGGAAAGCAAGGCAUCGUCCCAUUUUUUUUUUUUCUUUCAAAAGGACUGCAGUGCGACGCGGCGCGAUGCCGCUGGGCACGCAUCGGUUGUGACGUCCGGAAAGACGUCGGGGGGGACAACAGAAACGCGGCAGGGUAAUCUGCACAGGGAGGGGGUGAAAUUUUAUGUUUCCACUUUUUUUUUUUUCGAUUUGAGAGUUCGUGGCUGCACCUCGUUUGUACAUCAAAAAGGCUGAGCCUGACUUUUUCAGAGGUAGUCUAUUGUGAGGGCCGAAGACUGGGGGCACUUUUUUUUUUGUUUCGCGUGGAAAGGCGCUGCGCUUCCACCGCCUUCCGUUUUGACCCCUGUCCCCCUUUUUAAAUUUUUUCAUCUUAACAUGUGUACAUCAUUAUAUAAAGGUUGUCUGCGGCGGGUCUGCAGAUUACUUUUCCGUUUCUUUACAUUUGAAUUCAAAAUAGCAAGCAGAAAUCAGCAGCAACAUGAGUAAUGAAAUUUUCUCCACGCAUUCAUCCCCCCGAACCUCUCCUUCCAUGCCUUUCACAAUAUUGUUGAGAGGUAAAUGUUAUACAUCUGCACCAAAUAUAUCAGCCCCUCUGAGCCCCUCAUUUCUGCUUUGUGUGGUGGUUUUGACUUGUGGCCUUUUAUUGGCUGAGAGCCACUUUAACUGCGUAAUGAAAUUACCGUUGAAGCAUCUGUACACAGAAGUGCAGUUUAUUUUGUAAGUUCGGUGCGUGCAGAGUGCAAGGCUGGUUUCCCGAGAGGGCAUGGACGAUGGCGAACCAUCGAUUGCAACUAGGCACUUCAAAAUGGGGCAGAACGAAUUUCAAGCACUGUUGUGGUAUGUUCACCUUGGUUCAUGGAAUGUUAAAGUGAACAGUAGAGAGAGGCAGCACCGUUACCUGCGGAAAUUGUGGCAGUCGCGUCACGUGUGUGCAUCCAUGCAAUGCUACUGUAGCAGUACGUUCUGUUAGCGUUAUCAAAGCACGCUGUAUUGGUAAUUACACGUCAAGAUAACUGGGCCUUAAUCAAAAGACACAUUGAAUGCUCUCACGGUACCAACCUGCACACUGCACACACACAGCAAGCAAAUGCUGAGCCUGUGUUCGGUUUGUCAUCUUGAUCUGUAGUGCUGCGGGGAGAGCGGCAUCAUAGCAUCGCGUGGUUCUGCAUUGGUUUACUGACAAACCUGCACUCGAUCGCAAAUUUUGUUGGUGCUCGAACUGCGGUGUAGCUCUAAGCUGUAAUGUAAAUGAUGGUAGUAGUGCAAAGAGCCAAGCUCUUGGCAGGCACCUACUUUUUUUUUUUUUUUUUUACCUGUACUUCGUUACUCGACAUACUGACUAGAGCACUGCUGUAAGCAGUAUGCUGGCCACUUCUGUAGGUCGUAUGCUGGGGAAGUUACACUUCCUGAAAAUUUUAUGGUCGCUACUAGUGCUGACCCCCCACCCCCCGCCUUUUCGAACACCCUUGCUUUGUUUGCUCUCGCCAAACACAACAGCACUGAACGAAAAGCUGAAUGCGUGUGUUAUACACACAGGGUGUGUUAUUGUGUUAUGCACACAGCCUGUGUUACCACUCCCUGUGUUAUCGCGCUGACUGCUUGCAUGGGUCUUUCGCCCACGCUCGCCCAUUAUUGAGAUUACAUUGGCGGCCUAGCUUGCUUGAGCACUGGUGUCACGCUGCAAAAUGGCAACACAUGAUCUUUUGUAACAUUGUGUUAUCGCCCUGCCCCGAAGAUGAGACAUUUCCACCCCCUCCCUGCCUUUCAUUUGCCCAACACUUUACAUGCGCUGUUUUUAGUUUAACACUUUUGUGUUGGCCUUUUUUUCUUUCUUUUUUUAAAAUUUCAUAGCACAGAGGAAAAGAAAAAGCCGUUGCUGUUGCCGUGUGGUCUUUGCCUUUUGUUGCCGAGCUUUGUCACUGUUUACCACGUAAUCCUAACACAUCAUUCUCUCUUUCUCUUUGCAUAUGUUAUCUACUUGUUUAGCCAAGAUGAGGGACCCGCAAAAAGCCUUGCCGCUGUCCCGGCUAGCUUGGUUUUCCCGACUAUUCUAUAUCUACCGAGUUCUUUAUUUUCUGUGUUUUUUUCCCCUAUACCGUGUAGUUCUCACGGUUUAUGUACGAGAAGAGCUUGGUUGCAGGUUUUACUGGCUUUUCGCUUUGUUAUCUGCGACUGUCUCUGGUUCACUGGGUCUUCGUUUUUUUCUUUUUAUUCUCUGUCUUAUGCCUUUGAUAUGUUGCGCCUUCUCAUUUUGCCACUGGGCUUUUUUACUUUGGGUGCCUUCUGACUAUUUUCUGUUACAGUACUUCGACCUUUAUUUUUUCUGCUGUGUACACUGUGGCUUAACAUUUUUUUUUUAUUUGCCUGGGGACCAACCCAUAGGUCGCAUGGCUUUCACACUUUUUUGCCUGUGCUUCUGUUUCUUAUUUUAUGUAAUAAAGCUCCACUCUCCACGCUUUUGCCUCGUCUUUCUUGCACCUCCCCGUAAAACCCUCUGUACCACACACAUUUCAGUCUUAGUUCUAAGUCUUUUUUUUUUUCACACGCUCUGCUACCCGUGCCGUUUCAAUUCAGGGGGUGGCCCUCGUGCCCCAUUGCUGUGUAGUCUAAACCAACGUGCCGGCAUUGAUUGAACGUCGAGGGUUUUCGCGUAUCCUUCCAGCCUAUCGUAGUGCGACUUUUUGAAAGCCUAAAUACCUUGUGCUUAGCUUUUGGUACAUCGGCACGGUUAUGAGGUUAAUGGUUUUGUUGCGGUGAGCGAGUGAUGACACAAUGCCGUUCCACUCUCAUUACCUCGAAGGAGAAGCAGCUUCAUCGGCCUGCCGUAAAUUCUUCCGGCCUGUUCUUACAGUACGAAGCACGCAAGAGCAACGGCUUUGUCACUCCAGCUGCCAGGAGUUUUCUAGCAUUCCAAGUUUUUUUUUUUUUGUCUUUUUAUCCCCGCUAUGCCUUAUUUUUCCCUCCUGCAUUACGGGGAUUUGGAAGGGGUUAAACGCUCCCUCUUUCGUGCACAUAAUCCUGUGAACAUCUUUUCCAUAUGUAGCUUGGUUCCUGAAGUGUUUGAGAUUUUUUGUUCCCCACUUUAUUUUUUAGUGUCUUGUUGGUGGUUGUGUUAACGAUGUAAUCUGCCUCCUUUACUGUAUUUUUACACUUGCUCUGACAGCACCCCUCUCCCCCUCCCUCAAGCCACUGUGGCCCAGGCAGAUCUGACUUGAACAAAAUAACAUCCCCCCCAACACAUCAUCAUUUUUUUUAUUAUAUUGUAUCAUUUUGUUCUUGGCCAUUCAGCAUCGUUACCUCCUGUUACUGGGAGUACUGGGAGGAUUCGUGUUUAAUUUUAUGGAAGUGAAAGAAGCGAGUAUUUUGGUGAAUAAACAUGUUGAUUUCUUUUU